AUGGUUGGUCCUGUUUGUGUCCAGGUUGUAUCAGGGGCCGCUGGUCCACCAGCUAGUCCACAGGAUGAGGAGCGACCGGCCCAGCCAGGAGCUGUACCGCUCCCUGCUCUCCGUGGUCCGGCGGGUCCGGGCGGCCUCACAGAACCGUCGGAAAGCCGCGACCCGUCGGCGGCGGAACCCAGAGGAGCCGAGCGCCGACCUGCGGCGGCUGUUCCUGCGGGACGAGGAGACGGAGAGCGAAGCUCGGGUCGCCGUGGCGGCGCAGGAGGAGCUGCGGCUGCAGGAGGAGCUGCUCCAGGUCCGAACCCGCUACAGAACCAAGGAGAGGAGGAACCGGAGCAAGAACCCGGACUUGGCCCGGAAGGAGGAGUGUCGGGGCCGGGACCUCCUCUGACCGUCCAGCUCCUCCUGGGGGCUUUGAUGGUCGCCAUGGUUACCUGCUCUGGUCGGCAGGCAGAAAUCACUCAUCAUUCUGGAGGCAGAAGGUAAAUCUGAUUUAUUCAGAGGCUUUUCAG